ACGUGUCAUAUGACAGGCUUCACAGUUACUUUGCGGCCGGUGACGUGACAAGAGACAAACAUUGCUGUUAGCACUAAUAGCAAGUUUGUUGACUUUCGCAAUUCCUCGCUCUUCCCUCAAUAUCAGAGCAGUUACACGAAAAAUGGACAAUAGCGGGAAAGAAAAGGAAGCAACGGCUUUAGUGGCCGAGGCUGAAAAGAAAAUGAAAUCAUCCCAGUCGUUUUUCGGAGCGAUGUUUGGGAGUUCCUCCAAGAUGGAAGAGGCCUGUGACAUGUAUGUGAGGGCAGCCAACAUGUACAAAAUGGCCAAAAAUUGGUGUGCUGCAGGAAACGCAUUCUCCCAAGCGGCUCGCCUUCACCUCCAGAUGCAGAGCAAACACGAUGCAGCGACUAACUUCAUAGAUGCUGGAAACGCCUUCAAAAAAGCAGAUCCACAAGAGGCCAUAAACUGCUUAAACCGAGCUAUUGAGAUAUACACUGAUAUGGGGCGCUUCACCAUUGCAGCCAAACAUCACAUCACCAUUGCUGAAAUAUAUGAGACGGAGAUGGUGGACAUAGACAAGGCCAUUGCUCAUUAUGAACAAGCGGCAGAUUAUUACAAAGGGGAAGAGUCCACCAGCUCAGCAAACAAGUGCCUUCUGAAAGUAGCAACCUAUGCAGCUCAGCUGGAGCAGUACCCAAAAGCGAUUGAGAUCUAUGAACAGGUCGGAACCCACGCAAUGGACAGUACGCUGCUGAAAUACAGUGCCAAGGAUCACUUCUUCAAGGCAGCGCUCUGUCACUUCUGUGUCGACAUGCUGAAUGCAAAACUUGCCGUGCAGAAGUAUGAAGAGAUGUUUCCGGCUUUUUCAGAUGCUCGAGAAUGCAAGCUGUUGAAGAAACUUCUAGAUGCCUAUGAAGAGCAGAACCUGGAAGCCUACACUGACUCAGUGAAGGAAUUCGACACCAUUUCUCGGUUGGACCAGUGGCUCACCACCAUGCUUCUCCGCAUCAAGAAAACCAUUCAGGACGAUGAGAGUGAUCCUUCGCUGACUUCCCUCCCAGCUUGUGACGUCAAAUCCUCAACCGCCGACUUGCAUCCUUCUUUUCGCGUUGAGGCUCUCACUUCCAUUCUAGCAGCAAUCUUAACUGUUUGACGUUUAGCCCCUCAUAUUCCCCGGCAGAUACUGUGUUUCUUUCCAACAGAUCUGCAGUAUUUGUUCUUGCCUUUUUAACCCGCUGAACUCAAUGCUUUAAAAAUGAUGGUCUUCUAGAUAUGAACACUAUUUUCCCCAUGUGCACACUGCACACAUUAUGUUGGUUGUAUAUUGUUAUGGUCCUGGUAUUGGCCCAAUAGUAGUUCAGAUAUUCAUAAUGGGCUGCAAUACCAAAUACUCAUACCAGCACACUUAUAUAAUAAAGGUUUUAUUUUUGUUUUUCUUGUUAUAAAAUGGAUGAGAAGAUGCCAAUUACUAACUUCGAUCUACAAAUAUGUUUCCCAGAAUGUGCUUUGGAAUAAACUUAAUUGACCAGAAUACCAAUAUAGACUAAAGUUCACACAUUGGUUUUUGGUCAUUUUGAGUGCUCUAGUAUCCUUUAGGUCAUAUCAGGGCAUCUCUAAUUAAACUCCUUUAAGAGCUCCUCUCCAUGCAGAGACCAAGAGUUCCAGUUUGUUCCAAGGCAAAUACCCACUUUGCCUUAUAUUGCAAAGUACUCAGGACGUGAACAGUUAGAUCUGAUGAAAAAUUAUGGUUUUAGAAGCAUUAUCAAUUAAUUGCUCAUUGUUUUUUGUCAUAUCGAUUUAAAGUGCUUUUAUUUCACAAACAAAGCUCAUCACAUUGCAUGGUUUUGUAAGGAUGAGGGGAAAAGAGAGCAGCUGUUUUCCACUGUAUAGGAGUUAUUUCUCUUUUCUUUCCUAUUUUUUGUGAUUGUCUUGAUAUGUGUUUUUCUUUCUGUCAUACUUUACCAGGCUGAGAAAAAAGCCUGCUCGAGAUGCAAUACAUUGAAAAAAAACGGA